UAAGUCUUCAAACUGGGUUUCUCAAAUGUUUUGACUCCUGUUCAAUUAGAUGAUUCCAGAUUACGUGAAAGUUGUUACCCUUUUAUUCUCUAUAUGUGCCAAAUUCCAACGAAUAAUUGACAAAAAAUGAUGUAGUAUUUGAGAAUUGGCAUCGAGACAAGCAGCGUAGCAGCAACAUCCACGUGCAACCACAAGACGCACAGCGGCAUUCAUCGCCACCACAAAUGACACCACCUGUCACUCAGUGGAUUCCACUGCCACCCUCCUAUUAGUACUCCUCACAGAAAUUCCAACACUGACUGCAUCCGCUCACUCCCAAGUAAGUUCAAGAAAAGGAUCAAAAGCCACGGGAGAAGAGGAACAUGAGAAGAUAUGUAUUCUCCUAAAUAGGACACACUAGAGACUAGCCACAGUCUUCGGUAAGACCCCUCCACCUACAAGUUGCAAGAUUUAUAUGUUCAUGAAUUGCAAUUUCAACAGCAACCUUUUGGAGAACGAAGCUGGAAGGAUAAGUUUUCCAUGGGCCAGGCCAUGCGAUGGAUGCCAUGCAGCACCAAGCACAGUAUACUGCUGUGCUGAUGCUGCAUAUCUCUGUGCAUCUUGUGACACACAGGUUCAUUCUGCUAACCGUGUGGCAUCACGCCAUGAGCGUGUGCGUGUCUGCGAAACCUGUGAGAGUGCACCAGCAGUGCUGGCAUGCCAUGCAGAUGCAGCAGCACUAUGUACCGCCUGUGAUGCACAGGUGCACUCUGCCAACCCAAUUGCUCAGAGGCACCAACGAGUGCCUGUGCUGCCACUCCCAGCUGUUGCCAUUCCAGCUGCCUCUGGCUUCGCGGAGGCAGAAGCUUCUGUCACUGCCCAUGGCGAUAAGGAAGAGGGAGAGGAAGUGGACUCUUGGCUCCUCAGAAGAAAUUCUGAUGACAACAAUUGUGCCAACAAGAUAGAUCGAUACUACAACCUUGUCGGAUACAAUAUGUAUUACGACAACAUCACUUGUGACCCAAGACCAGAAGAACAAUACAGAAUGCAAGAACAGCAUGUGCAGAACAGGUACAUCGAGAAGGAAGGGUGUGAGUGUGUAGUACCUCCACAAGUCGUCAUGGCAAGUGAGCAGCAAGAGAGCGAUUAUGGAACUAUAGGAGCAGGGCAGGCUGCCUCCGUUACCGCUAUGACCAGUACCUACACAGCUUCCAUCAGCAAUGACAUAUCUUUCUCAUCAAUGGAGGUGGGUAUAGUACCGGACAACUCCAGACCAGAUAUCUCAAACAGCAACAUCCUGACUAGCAGUGAAGCCAUGGAGCUCUCAGGCCAUUCACUUCAGAUGCCAGUGCACUUCAGCUCCAUGGACAGAGAGGCCAGGGUCCUCAGGUACAAGGAGAAGAAGCAGACGAGGAAGUUUCAGAAAACCAUAAGGUAUGCAACAAGGAAAGCAUAUGCAGAAGCACGACCACGGAUCAAGGGUCGAUUCGCUAAAAGAUCAGAUAUAGAGCAUGAGGAAGACCACAUGCUGUCACCACCAGCCCUACCAGAUACUAGUAGUUAUAAUACUGUUCCAUGGUUCUGACGUAAUGAGAUAACAAAAAAUGUGUUGACAGACACAUGG